AUGAAUAAAUCAAGAAAGAGCUCAAUGAGCUCACCCAUGAGUACCACAUUUCAUAGUUUGUUUCAUCGAUCCCAUCAUAAUGGCAGCAACCUUCCACAAGACACCAACCAGGUUGCGACUGGCACGACACCUUUGUCCGGUAAGUUUGAUGACUUCUCAAAASCAUCCAAGACAACUUUAUGUCUUUCCUCAAAUAGCUCGAAUUCAAUAAUCAGCAAUCCUGAACUAGCUCAGAUAUAUAAUUUCACCAACCCAAAUAUUUCAAUUGAAGAUGGAGAAACCAAUUUGGAUCAUUCAAACAGUUCCUUUUUGGAUAUUCAUAAGAAAAUGCUUGUGCCAGCAGAUCUGUUUAUUCAGAAUAAGCUAAACAAGUACCACCAAACCGAAGUAGGRUUGGGCAUAUACGAAAGUGAAUUAGAUCAUGACAAAGAUAGUAAGAUAUAUUCCAACCUUUAUCAUUACUUGAAACCACUAUUUACCCCAUCUUUUUCAAUAUCCGACUCUGGUCAAAAGAGUAAAAUGCGUCCAAUAUUGAGUGCUAGUGUGGAAGAGAUUGCAAAUUUUGUAAGGGAGAGUUUUUGUUUACAUCAGCCCAAUCACGAUAAAAGUUUUAGACUGAARACAAGAUCCAGUGUAUCAAGCUUGGGUCGUGAAAAGGUAGAGGAUUUUGAUUACCGUCAGUUAUCGAAUUUGUUUGAAAAAUUGAUGGCYUUAUUGAGUCAUAACUURCAAACUGCCGAUUCAUCGGAAGUAUCUUUACAAGCUUUGAUAUUGAACGCAUGGAAAUAUUAUAAUGCUUAUGUUAGGUUUUAUUUGCUAAGUAUAUUUCAACCAUURCAACUUCACUUGAAYGAGUUAUCUAUGAGAGGUCAUAAUGGAAGCAAAAUUAYCAGAAUAGAYGACCUUCUACUUGUUUCUUUUCGAAAAGUUUUUAUUACUGAACAGGGAAUUGGAAGUGGGGAUAGAGAGACAUCUCAAUUUUUGGGGAAUGCUGAAAGUGAAGAUCUUACAGGAAAUGGAUUGUUGACUUCUACUUUGGCCGUGUUGUCGAGUAUAUCAUAG